AUGCAGCGGCGGCGCGGUCAGCUGGCUGGGGCGCGGCGGGUCUGGGUGCAGGGCGGCAGCUGGCAGAACCAGCCGGCGCGCGUGCUGGAGUGCUCGCGCCCCUCCAACAACAACCUGCGGACGCGGGUCAACCCGCGCAACUGGGCGGGGCAGCAGCUGGUCGAUGACGUCACCAUGAGUGCCAACAUAACGCUGCAGGCGGACCACAUCCACCUGGAGCACUCAUUUGAAUACACCGGCGCGACAGAGCACCCCCCGCGCAUCCAGGAGCUGCCCGCGGUGUUUGUGGUGCGGCGGCUGUCGCAGCUGGUCUUCUACAACGGGGACAAGCCCUGGACAGGCGGCAUCUUGCAGGCGCGGCAUGCCAAGACCCCCGGAUUUCCAAACGUCGAUGAGAAGAUGGACGAGAACUGGGCCGCGUGGGUUGACCCCAGCACACGCGAGGGCGUGGGGGUCUGGGUGCCGUGGUGCAACACGAUGACGUCAUACCGUGUCGGCGACGACGACAACAGCUGCGAAUGCUGCGACUGCUGCUAUUUCGCGCCUACCAUACGCUUCGCUGUGACCCCCGGCAUGAGCUUCACGUACCACGCCUUUAUAUGCGUGGGCCCCGUGGACGAGAUGCGCACCACCUUCAAUAACAUCCGCGGCUGGGCCCUCGCGAACCGCCCCGAGUGGCUGACCUGCCCGAUCCCGGGGGCGGCGCCGGCGGUGAGCUAG